CAGCUACUUCCUGGAUACGCGUUCAGAAAAACAGCUAGGUUGGCUGUAAAGUCGUGUUUUAACAGAGUUUCCGUGAACUUGUAGCUCUACAAAAAAGCUUUUUUCUUGAGCGGCAGGAGUCCCGGAAUUCCCUAUGAUAACGUAACCCGGGCAGUGAGGUGGUGGGCGCAGAAAGUCGCAGAGUAAGGUGAGUUAAUUGAACUAUUAACAGUUCCGUUAGCUUGCUAGCUGAAAACCUCACUCUAAACGGAAUAUUGUGUCUUUUUGAUGUAACACUUUUUAAACCACAGCCUUUAUUUGUUGUCUUUUAUUAGAAGUCGGUGUUUGGUUAAAAUGUGCCACAUACCAACAAAGUUCUGAGUGUGUGUUUGUUGUCAGAGCGCCACGUCACUGAAAGGCGGAGGAGGAUCCAGACCCCGCGGGGAGACAGCUGCUGUCACCGGGUCACUCCACAGAAUCCCCCCGGAGGAGAGAGAAAGUCCACAGACAGGUCAAAAUGACGGCGUCCAACUAUGGGCUCAUCAUGAACGUGGUGAACAGCAUCGUGGGAGUCAGUGUGCUCACCAUGCCCUUCUGCUUCAAACAGGUGAGUCACCUGAAGAGGCGCGCUCACGUUCACUGCUGGAUGCUUCAAUGCCACUCUGAGUGAUUGAUUAGUUUAUUUCGAAUAUGCAUUAAUAGAUAUAAAAAAUAAAACAAGAAAGGUAUGGAAAAAACAGAAAUACAUUUUCGAAAAGGAGUGAGAAGAAGAAUAACGCAUGAACACUGACACUCACCCCUUCCCUUUAAACAUUAAGUACCCACACCAAGCUUCCUUAGAUGUACGUGAUACUUAUAGAUAAAUAAAGUCAAUCAUGACUUUGUAUUACAAAACAAAAUCUACAUCCACUUAAUACAGCACACACAUAAAAACAACAAAACAAAAUAAAACAAGAAAGAAACAAAAACACAAAACAAAAGAAACAAUAACCUCAUGACACUAAGUGCUACCCAACACCUUCCUCAUCCCUGAAAAAUAGUGUCUUUGGGGCAGACGCUGCUCCCCCGUGUCAUUCAGGAGCCCAAACAAAGUUAGUGUGCUACAAUGUCAGACAGUAGAAACCAACCAGAAAGUACAGAAAAUUGUCUGAAUCCUCCUUUAGCCACGACUGCCAACACAAGCAAGAAAACGAAGUAAAUACCAGAGACUCUGGUGGAAUAACGGGCACUUAAAAGGAGGUAGACCACCUGGACAAGAGCUAAAAAGCCGGGUCAACAAUGAUGGGGGGUGCUUUGGGAUUUUACAGACCCUGUAACCUUUCUGCUGGACAGGUAAACCGCUUUAACAAAGUAAGCCAAGUGUCUGUAACAGAAGUGUUUCUUGUCAAACAGGACCUGCUGCGUGUUGUAGCGCCACAAAACCGUUUACCUCAGGUCCUGGAGUAUGUCACUUUAUCCUAGUUGUAGAAGUCCUGCAAACAUUGUGUUUGCUGGUCGUCUGUUGGCAUCUACAGUCGCACCAAUGCUGUUAACUUUCACAUUGACCGGGCCCCAUUUGUAAUUAUCUGAAGUAUUUAUCUGCAUUAUAUCUGAAUUUAAUUGGAAUGAUACAAGCGAGAGUGAGCGCUGUUUAUGGGCGGGGCUUGCUGGAGCAGAGACGGAGGGGAGAGGAGGAGCGGAGGGUAAAACUGUUUGGGUGAGGUAGUGUUUACAUUCAAGAUUUCUCCCACAAACUGACACUUCCUCAGAUCCUGCCUACCCCACCUUUAGAUUAUAAAUUCCCGCACACAUACUGAAUAAUUUCUGUAUAUUUAUUGGUAGAUGAUUAUUUUUAGCUUUUAACAUUAUUAGAGCUGUUUGAUAUUCCACAAUGUCUGUGAAUUUGAGCUUGUUGUAUGACGCUGUGAUCAGGUAAACAGGCAGUAACAGGUGUAAAAAGGCAAAUUCAGGAGAUAGCAUUUGAAGGUUUGUCUGUGCAGAGAAAACGAAGAAAAAAGAGGAGAGAGUAAUCAUUCCUUCCCUCUCAUAGGUCAACUUGGUAUUUCUAUUGAGACCUUGAGAUUUAAAAAAAAAAAAAAAAAAAAAUUUAAACUGAAUUUAUUCAUAAAUGAUUAUGUAACAUUGGUCAUUAUAUAGUAAUAAGUUGAGUGUAAGUUUUUUUAUCUAUUACUUGAGGAAUGUUUACAUUGAAAUACAAUUUUAUGACCAAUUGAGAAACUUUGUGUAAAAGAUUUUAACUAAAGGAUCGAAAUGUAAUGGGUUGAGUAUCUGUUACCUAUUCUUUACCUUGCAGAUUAAGUUUAUAUACAAAAGUCUUAUGUGAGAUUAAGGUUGUGUAAAUUUAUCUAUGACAGAGAUAAGAUAAGAGGUCUUUGUUUAUUAUAUCAAUCAAUCAGUCUUUAUUUGUAUAGCACUUUUCAUAUCAAAACGAUGUAGCACAAAGUGCUUUACAUAGCAGAGGAAUAAAAGAAACAAAGAAAACCCUUAUCUACCCAAACCCAACCCUUCAUUCCCACCCCACAAUCUAAGCACAAUAGAAAGGUGUAUUAAACUUAACAUGAACUUCAAAAAGGGCUCGAUUUCAUAUGAACAGGAAUGUGCGCACUGAGGAAAGGCAGUUUUAAAAUUCAAGAUAAGGAAACAGUGGAGGUUUAAAAUCUAAAAAUAAAGUAUCAUAAAAUGAAAUUGAAGAAAUAAUAAAUCAAAUGAAAUAAUAAAUCAAAUGUAAAAUAUAUUAAAAUAACAGCACCAAAAUAGGUCAGUAAAAGACGAUCCUGUCAUUAAAACUAGAAGAGGUAAAUGCUAAAACUCUUAAACAUAUUUAAAGUGUAAGACAAUUUACAGAGUUUUAUGUUCAUUUGUUCAUCUGUUUUAAAUUUUUUUUGUAUUGUACUUAACUGGUGAUUGUGUUUGUCUUUUUUGGAGAGCUGUUUUUUUGUUGGUGUUUAAGUGUGCCUCUUCUCUUUUACAGUGUGGGAUUGUACUGGGAGCCCUCCUGUUGUUUUUCUGCUCAUGGAUGACCCACAAGUCCUGCAUGUUUCUGGUCCACACAGCCAGCAACACAAAAAGAAGGACCUAUGCAGGACUGGGUGAGUUGAAGUGUUGUAAAUGGAUAUGAUUAAUUAAUAACAAGUUUAAUAUUUGCUCACUUGUGUGUAUUACUGACACAAAUAAAGUGACUUUGCAUUCUCAUGAGAGAAGUACAGUUAAAGUAGGAUGUCAUGGAUGAAGCCUUUACAAAAAGAGGAACAAGUUGGUUGUCAGCAGUUGGAUUAAAGCGAUUGUUACACAGAUGACAGAAACUUGAUUACCGUCUUUGGUGAUGUAUAAGAAUCCUGCAGAUUUAAAGUGCACCUCUGCCAAGCUCUAUGAUGUGAUCUUUGAUAUUGUGAAAACAGAAACUAAUUUUUAGACAGUCCUAUCUGUUUGUCCACAUGUGUUCACACUACUGUUCGUCUGUCUGUCUCUGCAGCCUUUCAUGCUUACGGGAAACCAGGAAAAGCUCUGGUGGAGAUGAGGCAAGUCAAUCACUUUUUGACUUUUUAUGUGACGCCAGAUUCAAAUGUGUUUGUUUGCUUUUCUACUAUCAAGAAAUGACAAUCAAGUGAUUAAAAAAGUUUGCUUCUUGUCAUUAAACUUGUCCUCUCUCUCCCUGCAGUAUGAUCGGUUUGAUGUUGGGAACCUGUAUCGCCUUCUAUGUCGUGAUAGCUGAUUUGGGCUCCAAUUUCUUCGCUCAGCUGUUAGGUUUACAGGUUUGAGAUCAGCAUUUGCUUCAUCUACUCCAGUGGUUCUCAAGUCCAGUCCUAGAGGCCCACUGUCCUGCAUGUUUUGGAUGUUUCCCUGCUCCAACACACCUGAUUCAAAUGAUCAGCUCGUUAUCAAGCUCUGUAAUGGCUUAAUAACGAGCUGAUCAUUUGAAUCAGGUGUGUUGGAGCAGGGAAACAUCCAAAACAUGCAGGACAGUGGGCCUGGAGGACUGGACUUGAGAACCACUGCUUUACUUUAAGUCUUUCUGAAAAUUAAUUUAAACCAGCUGCUAACUGCUCACUUUAAUCGCUUUGAUUUCAGUCUUUAUACAAACAACAGUUUAUAGAACCAAGUCAGAGAGCAAAACUCCUCAUACUUUCAAAUCACACUCUCCUCUGAAGGUGACCUUUGGUUUCCGAGUAUUGUUGCUGAUCGCUGUGUCUCUGUUCAUCGUCCUGCCUCUGAGUCUGCAGAGGAACAUGAUGUCCUCCAUUCAGUCUUUCUCCGCCAUGGCUCUCAUGUUUUACACCCUCUUCAUGUUCACGGUGAGCUCUGCGAUACACAAACAAACAGACUUAACAAUAGGAAUAAAGCACUUUUUGGAAGUAUCAAAAGACACACAUAAGCCAUUUUAAGUUUACUUUCAGGAUAGAGUUCAAAACCUUUUUGUGUUUUAAAUGUUUACUGUUUCCUUAAAGGUGUUUAUGUUCUCUUUAUGUUCUGUGUUUUUGACAAGUUUUGGAGUUUAUUCUUCAGUUCAUUUCAUGAAUUUGCUCUUUAUUUUUGUCCUCUUCAGAACAUAAAAAUACUGCAGAUUAGGGGUGUAACUGUAAAAAUGAAACCGCUGGUCACAGUUCUUGGUUUUGGAAUUUUGGUUUGGUACAUUUUUGGCACUGUAAAGAAAACCAAAACCACACAUAAAAUUUGUUUCCUUUUUUGAGAACUUAAAUAAUUUUCAACGAUGGAACAAAAUAAAAACAAUUCAUAUAAAAAAGAAUAAAGUGUGAGUUCUGAAACUUACCGCCUAAUACAGGCAGAUUCUCAGAGUUAUAAACCAAAGACCCAUUUUUAACUUUUUUUCCCAUGAACAAGGAAGAGGUUUGACAUGCGAGAGAGGAUAUGCUCAGUCAAUGAGUGAACUCUCUGCUAUUUAACCCCCCUUCUGCCUCUCGUUUUAACAGACACAUAAUUCACAGGUAACCACUGUUACAAGUUCACAGCACACAACUGAUCAGGCUAAAGAACGAUUAAACUGAAUGUUUGGAGGAGAUUUGUAGAGAAAGUCACUGCAAUAAAACAAAAUUUUUACUAGCCCAAACAACAAGCCAUGCAUGUUGAGCGUGGUGUCUUAGUUUUCUGUCUUUGUAAACCUUGGAUAUGAAAUACCUUGAGGUCUGCAUGUACUCAGAUUGGUAUGCAGCUGCACCAAACCAAAAUUUGCAUACAAAAACAGUCCCUUUUGUACUUUUACACCCCUACUGCAGAUGUGUAGUUAUUUUUAAUUAGGUCUGAAUUUCUUCCUUAUUUGCCCUACUGUACAGAAUUGUGUUUUCUAUUCAAUCCUUUCACAGUGCAACGUUGUCUUGCUCCUUUUUUAAAGACUAAAAUGGAACUUAAUCAGAUCAGGCAGAAAACAAUCGCUGCACUGCUCUUUUUGGCUGAAACAGGGUUUCCCUCACAAAGGAGACACCACAGAAGAAUACCCGCUAGACAAAUUUGAAACGUUGUAAGUGUGAAGUGAAACACGGUCAGACUAGUCAAGUCCAUUUAAUCAUGAACCUUUGUAACUUUACAUAUGCUCUUAUGUUAUAUUGAUCAGCAGCUUUACUAGUAGAGCUGGCCUCUGAAUGUUUGACAGCCUUGGUUUUUUUUUUACAGUUCUCCAAAAAAGAAUCUAUUAAAGAAGAGCAUUUAAAUUUGAGUUGGAUGUAAAAUGGUGCUUUGGUUGCAUCUCAAGUACUCAGACUAGAAUUUUUUUUUACUUACGUGGAACUUUUUUUCUUUUCCUGAAAGUUAAAGUGUUUGUUUUCUUUUGACUGAAAGGAUUAUUGGAGUUUUAGCUGAUGAAAAUACUUACUGUAAAGUACGUGUGAUACAAAAGAGUCUAACAGCUCACUGCUGAAUCAGCUGUGUCCAUGUAGUGUCAGAAAUUGAAGAAUACUUUUAUUCAGCUAUAUCAGCUGUUUUUGUAAAAUGAUCAAACAAACCUGAAGGUUUUCCAUACCUGUGUUUAGUUUCAGUGACUUCCAGCAGCAGUUUUCUGCCUCAGCUGAUUUAGCUCAUUUACUCUUUAAUCUCACACACACACACACACAGUUUGUGUGUUAAUGUGUGUUUGUGUGGUUCUGUUUCAUUAAUGUGUAGUGCUGCUUCCACAGAUGUCUCAUCGCUGUUUAUCUGUGCAAUGUGACCUGUAGAUCUUUAGCAUGGUGAUAACCUGGAGCAGUAGUGGGUGUGUGUCUGGCUUCAGAUCGAGACCCGGCUCAGCCCAGUCCAGACCCCUAACCCUCUAACAGUGAUGUCAUUUUCCCUCUUUUUUCCUUUUUGCUGAUUACACCACUCUCUUCUCCUUGUGUCCUUCUGCUCUCCCUCACUCUCCUCGACUACUUCCUCCCCUCCUCUUCUGCACCCUUUUGUUUGCUCCCUCUGUCCCACCGCUCCUCCUCCUCCUCCUCCUCCUGCUGCUGGUGCUGUAGAUAGUGUUGUCAUCACUGCGCUAUGGCAUAAUCUCAGGCUCCUGGGUGGAGCGAGUUCACCUGUGGCGCUUGAAGGGCGUCAUUCAGUGCCUGCCCAUUAUCGCCACAACCUUCUGCUGUCACCCGUAAGUAAACCACGGAAAACCCACCCCCAGAAUAACACCACCAUAAGGGCAAUGUGGGGGGAGGGUGGAGAGUGAAGGUAGCCUGCUGUUUCUCCUGCGAUUUAGUGCUCCUUGAACUCCUCUUCCACCGACCUGAUCCUUCACCCCGCUCCCAUCAGUUUUUUCCAUUUUUCACCUUUUAAUUUGGGUUUGGUCUGAGCUAUUUGUGCUCAGUGAGUGAGUGCGUGUGUGUGUCGGUGGCAGUGGUAAUAAGGCAGAGGGGUGAAACAUGCCGAAGUGAAAGUUUUGAUUUCUCACUCCUCACCCAGGAUGGGCAGCCUGGGUGUGGGAGGAUGAGGGAUAUGAGGUAUCUGCUGUUUGUAAUCGGGUAACUAAAGGAGCAAGAGGAAAGAAAUGCAUGCUGAUCAAAGACCUGUGAGGUAGUUUUCCUCUUAAAUACUUGUCCACAAGCUUCUUUUCCAGUAAAGAUAUUUAAUUUGACUUUUUUCCAUCAUGCAUCGCCGUCAUUACCUGACAGGUUUUUUGUUCAGUUUUGGGUUUCUUGUCAUGUUUCUUUCUUUCUUUUCCGUGUCUCCGUUUUCUCUCCUCAUUCAUUCCCUCCAUAACUUGUGAGCUGUCGGCAUGGGUGCAGCCCCCUCCCCUCCUCUUCUUCGUGCUCUUCCUCCACUUUUCAAAGUUUGAUUCGGGCCGUAACCCCCCCCCUCCUUCCCUUCAGAUGGUGCUGUCCUCGUUCAAACACGGGCUGCUCAGCGGCUGGUGGCUAGAGCAGGUCAAUGUGGUGCGCUGGGAGGGUGUGUUUCGCUGUCUCCCCAUCUGUGGGAUGGCCUUCGCCUGUCAGUCGUAAGUACUACUCCCGUCCCUCCACUCGCACAGGACCAAUGAAAGAAAUACAAGACCAAAAGAUAAUUCAGAGUAAGGAGAAUCUAAAGCAUGACAGUCAAACGGAGGUUCUCCGCUGUCAAACUCCUGCAGCUGCAGAAUGAACAAAAUCUUCAGUUGCUAUGCAUUGAAAAUUAUGCAUGUCUGUUUGCAUCAUCCCUGUGAGCCACAGCUCAGGUUUCAGGGCGAAUGUGUCACAAAGUGAUGCUCAGAUUUGUGGUGGAGUCAAUGGGCUGUUGAAUGACUACAAGCUGUAAUUGAGGCCGUCUGCUUAAUUUUGAUAACAUGCUAUUUGCUCUCAGCUCAUCUAAGACAUAACCCCAUCUCAUCCCCAAAUGUACCUGACCCCAGUUCUUCCCUUCUUUGUCCACGAUUCUGCUUUUUUAUUCUCUCAUAUGAUCUGAGUGAAAAAAAUGAAUCAACUGCUUCCAAAAGAAAACUUUUGUCUCAAGUUUUUAAAAUACUGAAAGUAGUUUUGGCAAACAAACCUACAGAGCCAACUUUAACGUCAAAGUAACAAAGCUAACCAUGCUCAUUUCAAAAUGUUAGCAAACCAAACUCACUGUUCAAUAUAUGCUCACAAAAGUAGGAAGUAAGAGCUUUUUGGUGUUUUUUUUUCCAGUUGUUUUAAGUUCAGAUCUGGGAUGUCAGAAUAUACAUGGAAGCAGACCGAGUGCAUAUUCGGUAUCAGUUAAUCUCCCACAGCAGCUGCAGAUAUUCACACACAUCACUUUUCAGACUUUCUAAGAGCCACUGUCUUAAUCCAUCCUUCGUUUCCAUCCACCUGCAUGCUCUGUCACUGCCUCUUUUGUCCUGUCCUUUUACACUUGCAGCGCUUGCCUUGCUCUUGGUUUGAAGUGGAUGAGGGGUAAUUGUUGGCGGUCUGAUUGGGCUCUUGGUGUACAAAGUCUUAUCUAUGGUUCGAACACUGCACUUCAGAAGGGAGUGUGGGGAGUGUUACAGUAAGGUCAUUAAGAGCCAGAUGUUUGGCUGGUGGCGCUGUAUGGGUUUGUUUGUGUGAGAGAGAAUGAGGUAAGUGGUAGGAGUGGGUGACUGCAGCCUCGAAACUGCAACGGCACUUUAAUUAAUCUAAUCGUACAAAGCCAACACAAUAUUAUAGUACGGCAGGCCUUUUCAUUAGUAAAGGAGCGAGGUUUGUGCCUGUUAGAGAAAGAAGUGGGCUUCCACUAGCAGUGCUGAGUGAUAUUUGGCAGGGUGGUUUCUUGGCCUGCGGUCAGGCCGUGCGAGGCGCCCCGUUAAGCCAAACCACUAAUCAACACAUUGGACUGCCGCCAUCUUACAGACACACACUGAUGUAUUCACGGGCUGAUUAAACAGCUCUCAGCACAUUGGACUUUUAUUACAUUCAUGAAAUGUGUUUACUUUCAGUUAAAACAUUACUUAACAUCACCAUUAUGACGGGGAUGGGAGUUGGCCCUGUUGUCUUUUGGCUGCACGGUUUGAAUAGUGAGAAGCAGUUAGCUCAUAAUGGAGGGACACAAGAAAAACACGUAAUGCCAAAUUGUCCCUCUGCGAUGCUUCUGUCAGCAUGUUUGAACUCCAAGAGCUAAUGAUAGUAUCUACCGCACACACUCAAGUCCCCCGAACACUCCUCCAUGAGAGCUCUGUCGACCCUCUCUGUCAUAUUUCCUUCAUUUAAGGGCAGCAAAAAUCACAUUAGCCUCUGAGUCAGGACUGUUGAGUGACCAUUAGAUGCUCUGAGUCUCUGCUCGCAAUGAGCACUUUUAUUUAACCUUGGCUAUCAGAUUUACUGGUUUGUGGAUUAAACAAGCAUUGAAGAAUAGCACCACGGGACAGGGAUCGCUCAUAAAACCAGAGCGUGUGAAAGUGAGAGAAUAAGAGGCAGAGAAAGUAACAGUUUCUCUCUCUCUCUUUCUCUGAGGUCUUUCCUGUUUCUUGCUCUCUCACAUAUUGCGUCUAUAGGAAAGUUUACUGUGCUUUUAAACCCACCAGGCAUUCUUUGUUAUUUACAAAGCCUGUAAAUACACAGGUUAAUGUACUGUCACCCCCCUCCAUACUGCUGCACUCUCACAGAACAUAGAGGAGCAGAGGGAGAAGGAUACCUACAGUUACAGACCGACGGCUCGUCUUGACUACUGUCACCCCCUCUGUGCCACACACACGCGCACAUUUUUAUAUGUAGACAAACACUUUCCACAUACUCCACCCCCACUGCCAUUGCAUUACAUCUAUUUACUGCCAUGUGAUAUCACUGUUAUGAUCAGUAAAGCUGAAAGAGUUGAUGCAUCUGUGUGCAUGUCAGAAGUUUACUUUCAAAUACAACUUGUACACGGGUGCUCUUUAUGUCCUCAUCUACAAGCAUCUAAAUAAUGCUUGGGUAGAUUUUGCAAGUAAUAAUCAAUCAAACUAUUUGAUACCGAAAUGAUCCAAUUUAUGCAAUUCCAGGACUGUUUGUCAAAUGACUGGAUAAACAGUGCCAUGAAAAAGGAAUUCUAUUAAUGAAACAAAACCAGGGCAUUAGAGAAAAACAGCAAAUUUCUCAUUGAAAAGAAAGAAAUUUGAGGGGUAAUGUUUAGUGAGCAGAAGGUGAUGCAAAUAACAAUCCCAACAGGGGGGAGUGUCUCACUCUGAGGGGAUUAUAAAUUGCAGAACUUCUUGCUUACUGUUCAUGAUCCAGUUUAUUACCUGGUGACUAAUUAAAUAUACGUACACUAACGAGUCUUCACUAGCUCUUGAUUUAAAGACGAAAUACUUCAUUUUAAAAGGAUUUAUUUAUACAGCUGAAUAAAGAAGACUCACAGAUUUACAGCUAUUUACUGUGAAUUGACAGUUUGAUGUUGCCCAAAAAAUUCAGUUAUUCUCUGAUAUAUUCUCUGAUUUAAAAAACAAAAACUGAUGUUGUUGCUUCAGUGUCAAUGCAGGAAGACCAAAUGUGCCAAAACUCUUCUGCGGAUCAGUUUGAUAUGCCACAUGUCAUCUUGUUGUUCCUGGUGUCGCUCUUAUAAUUCAGAACUAGUAACAGUAGUUAUGGAGUUUUGACCAAUCAGAAUCAAGUAUUUAAACGCUAUUUGAUUAGUCAGAGAGCCGGGUAAGGGGACGCAACUUUUUCCAUAAUGUAGGGGAGUGAAAAAUUGUUAAAAACUGGUUUCUUACCAUCUUUAAGCUCUAACACAAAAACAACGAUAUUUCUUCAGCAAGCUAGUGUAACAUGCUGUAUCUAGUUUUUUAUUUGCUUGUAUGGCUUUACAAUAGAUAAAUAUUUACACAAGUUGGAGUCUGCUCAUGAAAACAGUCUGUUUAUUUACCUUAUUAGCAAUAAACAUGAAAGACUUCACAACCAGACAGAAAUUACAAGCACUAAUUAGGUGCGAUGCUGUUGACAGAAUCAAGAUGUGAAAUCAUUGAAUGUCUAAACAAGUGAAAAGAAAUCGCACGUCAGGUUUUGAACAAUGCGAUUUCAGGGAAAUUCUUUAUUAUAUCACUGAUUGGAAUAAAUAGACCUUCAUGUGUCUGCACAUAAACAAUCAUCUGUUUUUAGCACUUGCGGCAGUUUCUUCACUGUCACAUGAUCUCUGCUGGGAUCUGUAACACUCCUGUACAAGUUGUAAAACUAGAACUUCAGACAGCACAUGAAUGCACAGCAGCAGCAGAAGUUGUGUGGUCUUUUAUCAUGUGCCACACAAAAGUGUGUUGUUGUUUUGGACUUGUCCCUCACAGGCAGGUGCUGCCAACGUACGACAGCCUGGAUGAGCCGUCUGUAAAACGCAUGAGCACCAUCUUCACCUCCGCCCUCAAUGUAGUCACCAUCUUCUAUAUUACAGUGAGUAGAAACACACAACAGCCAACAUGAAGACUUUUAGUGUUUAAUUCUGUGAAUAUAAAUCUCUCAUAAACACACACCUUUUACUUAAAAAGGCAACAAGUCACCUAAUCUCAAUCUCUUUUCCUUCCUUCCUCUCCGUGGACCAGGUGGGUUUCUUUGGCUACGUCAGCUUCACAGAAAACAUCGCCGGCAACGUGCUGAUGAACUUCCCGUCUAACUUGGUGACAGAGAUGAUCCGCGUCGGCUUCAUGAUGUCCGUGGCUGUUGGAUUCCCUAUGAUGAUCCUGCCCUGCCGCCAGGCCAUCAACACCAUGCUGUUUGAGCAGCAGGUAAGCUCCACUGAUGCUAUUAUGAAGUGUGAAGUGAAGGCAGAUAGUGUUGUCACCGUUGCUUGAGUUAGUAAAACGAGAUAUAACAGCUUUUUUGUUAGUGCAGGCCCAAAAUAACAUCUAGUUUCUGAGCUGUAGUGCAUAGAUAGAUAGUAAUAAAUAAAAACUAAAUACUAGAUGACCUUUUGAGACACAACAAAUGAGAUUACAGACAACUGAAUUUUCCUUUCGGGAUAAAUAAAGUUAUUCUUAAUGCCAUAUUGCUUUCACACCCUUCUCUCUGGAUUUAAACAAACUCAGAUGACAGAUGACAUCUUGUAGCGUUGCACGGUUUGGUAGAAUUUGACCUAGAAAAUGUUGAUGGAGAUGUUUGUUGGCUAUCUGGUCAAGUCUAUCAAGCACGGAGGCAUAGCAGGCAAGCAAAGAUGACCGAAAAACAAAGUGAAUCCUUAAUGUUGCGUGUUUCCUGCUUCUUAUAUAUGUUUAUACAUAUAUAAGUUAAUGUAUAUGAAGUAGAAGGUAAACAUAUUGAAAAAGAAACAAAUCAGUGCCCCCAUUUUCUCUGUAAUUUCAAAACAAUAAAUUCAGAAACACGUGAACAGAGCACCCUGGAAACAGUCUAUGAAAACUGUCAAGAUAUCAUGUAAACACAUCUGAAACCAUACAACUCGAAAAGUUUUACAGCUUUUUUUGCCUUUCUUAGACAGGUCAGCUAAAGAGAGUCAGAAAAUCAGAGGUUGGCCUGAGCAGUAGCACUACUGUUACUAAUGUGAUAAGACACAAGGUUAUAUUAAGCCAAGGAAUGAGUUUUGUCACACAGGUCAAUACAUCAAAAGUACUGAGUAGUACAAGCUUUUCAGAAAACAUCAAAAUGCUUCUGUUGAAAAUAGAAAAAAAACCGUCCUUUCAUUGUAAGUUUCGGAUUUAAUUUCGGCUCCUUUUGAUUUUCAUUCCUCUCCAUUAUGCUUCUUUGUGUUUCCGUCUCAUAGCAGAAGGAUGGGACGUUUGCUGCUGGAGGGUACAUGCCUCCUCUGCGCUUCAAGAUGAUCACACUCUGCAUUGUGUUUGGCACCAUGCUGGGAGGCAUUCUCAUCCCCAACGGUACAUCCUGCCAGUGUGUGUGUGUGUGUGUGUGUGUGUGUGUGUGUGUGUGUGUGUGUGUGUGUGUGUGUGUGUGUGUGUGUGUGUGUGUGUGUGUGUGUGUGUGUGUGUGUGUGUGUGUGUGAAAAAUCAUGCACGGGUUGAAUGGAUGGAGAUUGUCUGUGUGUGCCAAUUGUGUACAGUUUUUUGGCUGGAGGUCUUUGAGGUGCGUGUGUUCCUUUAUGUGGGCGGGGUAGCUGUGGAGCUUUACGACGUGUGUGAAUGUGACUUUACGAGUCAGUGACUGUCACACUCUAACACAGUCCUUAAAUCAGGACCCUAACUUUUAUCUCCUUUUAGACGGGCAGACGGGAAGAUAGGGCUAUUAUUCUUCCAGACUCUCACUAACCCCCCACCCCCACUCCCACACACGUACACACACACACACACACAAAUCCAUGUAAACACUUUCAUUGGUUCUCAGUCAGAGUCUCUUGUCCUUUCCGCAAACGGCUCCAAAAUGAUGGAGAUGUAAAGGUUAGCAUGAGUUUAUGUUUUAUUCAUCCUUUUAUAUGGCAACUGUUUGUUAAACUUUGAUUGGGUGGACACUCACACACAUGCACACACUCAGACACACACAUGCACAGAGGUUUUGGCCUGCUCUCUGUGUAUCUAAUCAGACUAAUAGACUGAGGAGAAGGGAGGUAAGGACCCUGGAGAGAAUGGACACUAAAUCUGAGGGAGACAAUAUGGUGUCCGUCCUGGAUGAACGAUGGGCUUCCAGGCCCGACGCCCAGCCGGCUCAGUCCACAUGGACGGGCGGGGGCAGAGCUCUCCACUGCCAGGAGCAGGGUGCCAUGGUUGGUGGAAUGGAGCUGGGCAGGUGCCAGAUAUAAAUAACAGCUCCAGGUAUGAAUGAAACCAGUGAAAAAAAGCAGAUAGACAUCAGCGCACUGAGGAGAACAUGGCUGUUUUUAGCAGAGGUCAAGGAGAGGAGGAAACUCACCUUUAACUUUGACAGUGUUGGUGCUGUGUUUUAUCAUGUAAAUGUUGUAAAUGUUUCUUUCUUUCUUUCUUUCUUUCUUUCUUUCUUUCUUUCUGUCUUUAGUUGAAACUAUUCUGGGUCUGACUGGAGCCACCAUGGGCAGCCUCAUCUGCUUUAUUUGUCCCGCUCUCAUCUUCAGAAAGAUCCAGAAGAACGGCAUCAUUGCUCAGGUGAGACAUGAAGACUUUUGUCUCCUCUCUGAAUUAUCAAUCAAUCAUGUUAUUCCCUGUUUCUAUCUAUUGAUCCUCUCCCCUCUCAUGCCUUGUAGCUGGUGCUGUGCGUGGGUCUGGGCAUCCUGCUGAUCAGCACCUUUACCACCCUCUCCAUUUCGGCCAGCAGUCCCAAAACCAAGUUGCAACCUCCUCCUCCUCCAGCACCUGGCAAGAGCAACCCACUGCUGCCGGACCUCCCUGAACCACAUGGUAAAAAUCAUGACAUGCACUAAAGGCAUGCAAUCACCUACUUGAUGGGAUGUAGAUUAAAGUGGUGAACUAAUGAGCCGUGGGAACAUUUGCCUCAACACUGUGUAGCUGGGAUCAGCGACUGAGAUCCAACAACAGUUCUGCAUGUAGUUAUUUGAUAUCAAAGGCCCCAGCGUCAUGAGAGACGUGUUAAAAUUUAGUUUUACUUUAACAGUCUUAGAUUAUCUGCAGCACCCUAAAAUGGCAACAUAUAUAUGUAUGAGGAAGAUGAGGCAGCAGCAGGCAGAGAGAUUAGAAAAAAGCACAAAGCCAUGGCCAAAGAAAAGCUCUUUCUUUUUGUGAGAAGAAAAGAUGGAGAUGGACAGAGUGACAGAUAGACAGACAGGCCGGGUGAGGAGAUAACCUCUUGAUAAUAUCUGAGAGCAGCGCUGAGUGCUUGACAUUGAUGGAGUGAGAGUGAUGCCCUUCAAACUCGAGUAAUCCCCCCACCAACCUCUGUUCAUUUCUCCUGAUUUCCCCUCCCCCCCAAAAAUACAAUGUCUGGACCCCCGUCUCUCCCUCAGAUCUCCAGCGUCAGCUAUUAAAUGUCUGCAAGCUCCAGCAGCAAAAAAAAAGAAGAGGGUGAGACAGGUUUAGGAAGAGAAGAGAGGCAGAGAAUAGAGAUUGAACAUAAAGGAACCAUUCAUGCAAAUGUUAUCUGUUUGCUUUCACUCCUCUCACUUCCUCCCAGGGUGAAACUUAUGUGGUCUAACCUCUGUACCUGUUUCCUGUUUAUCAUUUUCCACUUUCAUUCACCUCCUUCCACCACCUCUUCUGUCUUUGUCAUUUGUUACAUAGCAGUAGUGUCAGUUUCGCUGUUGCCAGUAUUUGCCGCCACCUAGUGGAUCUCCUCAUCAAUAACAGUCUGUUGAGAAUCCGGCAAAGCUGUGUAGAUCAGUGAGCAUAAUUUGGAUGAUAAACAAGAGUUGUUAAUUUAUUUUACUGCCUGCAGUUAAUGCGUGUAAUAAACACGACUGCAUAAAGAAGUAGAGAGUGCACAUCAGGGCAAGAUUGAAAAAGUGUUGCAAGUGAACACGGCCGUUUAAUUUUUCUCAAACUGAAGAUGCAGAGGAGUAAAUGAGGUGGCACAUUUAUGGUUCUUUAAUUUAGUCACAGCAGUGUGUCUUAAUAUUUUCCUGUGUGUCUUUGUACACUAGCUGUGCCAGAAAUUGCAGCAGAGACAAAUAAAAUCUUGACAGUAGCCGCACUAAACCAGAGUUACAAAGACCUGAAGGGGGAAAGUUUGUUUUUAACGGUUGAAUAAAUCUGUUACUAAAAGCCUUCUUUGUCUUUACAGGUAAAAGUGUCCUGGAGUAUUUAACAUUUGGAUAAGUAUUUUAAAGUUGCUGCAAUAAGUUGUGUUUAUGUGUGUCUGCUUGUAGAUGUCGCUCUAAACAAGAAGCCAGUGGAGAUGGAGAAGCCUGCCCCUCCAGUUGCGGAGGUGGUUAAACCUGCAGACGCUGAACCCCCCCAGAUUAAAGUACCAGUGGAGGUAGUGGAGAGGAAGAAAGAAGAGGAGGAGGUGCAGCUGGACCGCCCUGACGCUGGUAAGGUGACAAAACCAUGGUUCAGAUCUCAGCUGGUUUCACAAAACAAGUACCAGAAAUAGUGCCAACUUUCACUUUCUACUCAGGUGUUGCAGUUCCUGAAGGGGAGGCCCAUCGCCAUGAACCUCCCAUCCCUCAUGAUGCGGUCGUAGUGGAUGCAAGGAAGAACAACGCAGAGCUGGAGGAGGAUAAAAAACAGCCUGCUCUUCCCGCAGCAGAGGCACAUGAGGCACAUGAGGCACAUGCAGCGGAGUCAGAGAGCAAAAAAGAAGAGAAAGAGAACCCAAAGCCCGCAGAAGCUGUCGUAAAGAAAGAGGAGGUGGAUUUGGGUGAUGACAAAGUCCUGUCCAAUGAGGUGCUGGAGAAGCAGGCUGCAGACUUAGGCAAAAAGCAAGAAGUUCCUCCGCUGAAGAAAGCAGAGGAGCCGAACCCUGUGAAAGAUCCUGUGAAUGUAGCUGUAGGGGAAAACAAAGCAGCAGCUGUACAAGGAGAAAAUGUGGCCAAGGCUCCUGACGGCGCAGGAAAGCGUGAGUGUUUGUCACUGGACUCCUUUUGCUGAAAUUGAAGCUGUGUGGAACAAAAGACACUGAUCAUGUUAUAUAUAUAUUUACCUUUAAGAUCCUGUUCCUGAAGGAGAGCAUCAACCUGCUGGAGAAAAGGUUCCAGCUGCAGACAGCAAGGACACUGCAGAUGAGAAGCUUGAAGGUGGGUGUGAUAAAAACAAAAAACAAGAGUAGACUGAACUUUUUGUUACAUUAUUUACAGACACCCGACACUGUGCAGCACUUGGCAACAGUGGUGAGGAGAAAACUUCCAUAUAACAGACAGAAGAUUCGAGCAGAACCAGACUGGUUGUUUAACAUCCAUCCACUGUGACUAGACGGGCUGAAAAAGUGGGUUAAAGAGGGAGAAAGAAAUGAAGAGCUGGAUAGAGACAAAGAAACAGAAGCGACACCAACAGUUCAAGCUAAUUUAUUACCACAAUGCUGCGAGUACCAGUAAAAGUAUACGUAAAAUUAGCAGGAGGAUGAUCGACUGAUCGUAACGCUCCAAAGAGUGAAAGUCAUCAGGUCUUAUAAUAGCAUCAGUGGGUAUAAUGAUAAUGUUACGAGCGAAAAUGCGUCAUUCAUUUGAUCAAACUGUCAAAACUGAGCACGGCUGAUUCAACAUGGCCGACCACAGGUUCACAGAGUCUGCAGGUCAACAAAGUCAAACUGGUUUGCUAACCCUGAGGAGCUGAUGCGACCAGUCUUCAGACUCUCUUGCAGGUUGAUCUCUGACAUUGCUCCAGUCUUGUGAUUAUUUGUUUAUCAUUUUUUUCCCCCAUUUUUUAAUCAAAAUGCUGCCAAACUGUGUUGUGCUGGUUUACAUCCUGGUUGUAGAGCAUUUUAGGCGGUAUGGCAGUAUGUGUUACCUGGAGUUACAGGGGUGGAUGUCUGUGCAACAGCUCGGACACAACAUAUGACCAACAUAUCAGACCUGCGACAAUAAAACAGAUGAUUUGAUGAAUUUACUGAAAAUUCUGGUGCUGACUAGCAAGGAUGAUGUUUAAUCUUUGGGUUGACUAAUCACACACAAUCCACAGUUUGAAGAACACUAAAGCUUAGGGAAGAAGUAUCUUAAAUAUAACAGACUUAAAAGAUAAUUAUAUAAAAAAAAACUUAUACAGUGGCCAAAGAAAGUAUAGUUGAAUGUUAUUUAAAAUGUUAGUGGUUAUAAAAGUAUAAAGAUAAAAGCACUGUUCAAAAGUAAAACCUUGUAGCCUUCUCCUCUGUUUCUUAUCUAAGUUAACUUGUUUUUUCUUAUGUAGAGUAAUCUCUGUUAUUUCUUCUUGUUUUUAUUUUCAUUUUUAUUUAUUUUUUUAUUUCUAUGGUAUGUAUGAUGUCAAGCACAGCAGUGAUGUGAUUCUGGUCCAUUUCUUUCUCUUGGCUUUUUGUUGACUUUCUCGUUCUGUUUACUUUUGCCCUCUCUCUCUCUCUCUGUCUCUCGCUCUCUCUCUCUCUCUCUUUUUCUUCCUUUCUUUGCUGGACUCCUGUCACAGUGAUUAAAAAGCUGGUCGCAGGUAUGAAUUCCCUCUUUCCUCUUUUCCCAAUCUCCCUGUCGCUCUGUCAUUCAAGCAGUGGACUACACAUCAGUGAUAAGAGAAUGGAUAAAUACCAUACAACAUCUUAUUUUUGUGAUAACUUACUGUGUUGAUGUAGAAUCCACUCACUCACCUCCCCUCCUAACAUAGUUUGUGUGUCUACAGCUGCUCGUCCCAGUUUCUGAGUUUGGACCAACGACAGUAAUCAGCCAUAGUGGCGAAUAUGUCUGUUUCCCUUCCCCUCUCACCUAGACACCGGUCCUACGUCCACCUUACUAAACUUCUUAGCGAAUCAUGUGUUUUACGAACACUUUGUUAUCGACUAAAUUCUCAUGUCUAUCAUGCAGAGGGCCAGCUGGACCAUGCUGUCCUGCUGCAGGUGAUCAAGGAGCAGCAAGUGCAGCAGAAGAGACUUCUAGACCAGCAGGAGAAACUUUUGGCUGUUAUCGAGGAGCAACACAAGGAGAUCCACCAGAAACAGCCUGCUGGUGUGUUUGCACAAAAUGUUUUGCAGACACAGAGCACAAGUAAGAGAAAAAUGUGUGGUAGUGCUCAGCUAAAGACGUGAUUUUGUUUAUUAUUGUAGGGGUUGGUGAAGGCGAGGCAGAGAAGAGUGCCCAGGAUGGAGCGGUGGAGGUAGGAGGAGCAGCAGCAAAACCUAAAGAGGCCGGCCUGGCAUCAGAUGUGAAGCAGCCCAAGGAGGGAGCUGGAGCUGAGGCUGCAGCUGCAGCUGUACAGGCCAGAGCAGAGGAGCCUCAUGCUGUAGCCCAGAAUCAGGGCCAGGCAGGUGGUCAGGGCGCUCCUAAAUCCGUCGCUCAAGCACCUUAUAAAGAGGAUGGCGCUGAUGCAGCAGGAGGGGGCGAGCCCCUUAAGCAGAGCGAGCUGGGGGCAAGGGGAGUCCCGCUAGGAAAGGUAAAACCUGAAGACCACCAGCCUGUGCCUCCAAAUGAUCAGGUAGCUCAGGUUAAAGCAGAAGAAAGAAGUUUAGAUAAGGAGAAGGAACAACUGGACAGGGAGGCUCAGGAGAAACUGGAAAAAGAAAAGCUAGAGAGAGAGAGAAGAGAAAAACUGCUAAGAGAACAGGAAUUAGAAAAGAAGCAAGCCGAGAAGGAGAGGAUACAAAAAGAAGUGGAGGCCAGAGUGGAGAAAGAGCGACUGGAAAGAGAGAAGCGGGAGAGGCUAGCUUUGGAACAACAGCUGGAGAAAGAGCGACUGGAAAGGGAGAAGCGGGAGAGGCUAGCUUUGGAACAACAGCUGGAGAAAGAGCGACUGGAAAGGGAGAAGCGGGAGAGGCUAGCUUUGGAACAACAGCUGGAGAAAGAGAAAGCGCUGAAGGAGAAACUGGCAGCUGAAGAGAGACUGAAGCAGAAGAUCCAGAAAUCAGACAAUGAAAUACUGGAGAGGAAAAGAGUCAAGGAAGAGGAGGGGGCUAAGAAGAAGCUGGCCCAGGUGGACCGAGACAUUGAAGCACGAGUUGCGGCACAGGGGGCUGAAGGAGCAGAUGGAGAGGCUUUGAAGAACGGAGGACGAGACCUCAAAGAGAAUGUUGCAGUUCAGGCUGACCCAAGAGGAGGAGCAGAAGACCCAGCCGUCAAAGCCAAAGUUCAGCCUCAGGGCUCCCACGAGAAGGUCAGGGAGCAGGGAGAGACGGAUCUGAGGAGAAGGCGCAGGGCACUGGGACCCUCUCAGGCUGAAAAGGCCUCGAAGGAGACUGGGGCGUCCAGGGGGGUGCCUGGGCUUGAGCCCCUACUAGAGCUGGGGGGCUCAGACCUGCACGCGGCCCUGGAGGAGCAGCUACUGGCAGGGGCUAUGGUGCACUCACGGCAGAUUAAACAAGCCUCAGAGGACAGGGGAGAGAAAUAACACAAACCAAACAUUCACAGAUAACUAAACUACACCUGCAAAAAGCCUGAAAAACUGUGGACCAUGAUACUGUAGCUGAAAUUCUUUCUCCACUUAAGACGUGUUUUGAAUUAAGAGGAUUAUUUUCUCUUGCACAAUACUGUGUACUCCAAAAAUAACCCAAAGUCUUUAUUCAAGAGCAAAGUGUCUGUAAAUAUUAACUUAUUUUUGACUGUAAGGGGGAGAAGUGUAAGAGGUUACUGUUGAAAUGUACAUAAAUCUAUGCAAAAACCAACCUGUAUUGAAUAUUUGGUCAGGGAGAAGAUAUUGAUGUUUGUAUGAGUUUCUCUUGGUUCACCAGCUUUGUAGGAUGUUUGUGUUUUAUUGUGUGAGUUUUUAUGUUUAAAUUGUGGUCACUUCAAUAUGUCUGUUACUUCCUACUGUAAAUAAUGUAAAUUCAAGCUUUGGUUGAUGUUUAGGGAUUCUUUGGACCUUAAUCUUACCACAUAUUGGAUGUAUUAUGGGUUUAAGCGCCUUAGUAAGUGUUGUUUCUCUAUGCUUUCAAAUGAAAGUAACUGAAUUUAGCCUCACGCUUGAGCUACGAGGUUUAUUAUAUUGUAGCCUUACUGUUUGAUCGACUGUGGACAAAGAAGCAGCUCAAUACAUCUCAGUCCCUAAUUGUGCUUACUUAUCAUUCCAUCGUGAGCAUCUCCUCUGUAUUACCAGUGCCUUUGAUUCACAGUGGUGAUAUAUCAGACUAACUUUUUACGUUUUAAUCAUUACUGUAUCAGACACACAUGGUUUGUACAUUGUGUUAAGGUAAAUAUGAACCAUGUUUGUGGUGUUUCUUUGUCACACAACUCCUCCGACUCCACCAAUUAGCACUUCCACACAUGCUGGACCAUCGCUUUUUACUAGAGGCUAUUUUUACGACUAUUUUUCUAUGUGAAUUGUCUCUCUGUACAUUUUGCAUAUAAGAAUAAAUGAAACAUCUUUAUUGCGUCAUUUUCUGUUGGUCUGUUUUUACACCGUAGGUGAGGAAAAAUUCCUAAGUGUUUUAUAAUAAUGAUAUUUAUUCACCUUUGUACAAUACUAUAUUUCAUCAAUUAUUUUCAACACGUUCCUCUUCAUAUUCAGUUCACUUUAACUGCAAAAUGGCAAAGUAGGAAAAAGUAAAUGGCUGUUAAAUCCAAACUCCACGUCCUCUCCAGCAGCACCUAAUAGUCGGUCCAGCAGCUGAGUCCUUCGUUGUGCUUCAAUUUAGUUCAUUUGGGUUUUUUCUUGGCCUGUAACAGAAACAAAUGUUGAAAAAAAAUUUUUUAAACAUUUAUGGCUACAGUAUGAAAACAACAGGAUUACUAACUGUCACUUACUGCAUUUACGAAGCAGGUCUUCAGUGCUUCAAACUCCUUUGCACAAAGGUCUUUCUUCAGUUCCUGGCUGCUUGAUGUAGUAGCAGCCACACACUUACCAUAUGCUGCUGCCUGAAUCACACACAAGACAACAGAAA